CUAGGCAUCACCAUACUUCUUUCAUUGAGUGUCUUCCAACUGAUUGUGGCGGAUAUGGUUCCAGCUACCUCCAUGGCCGUUCCGCUUGUUGGUGUAUAUUUUGCCUGUGUGAUGAUAAUGUGCACGAUGUCGGUCAUAAUGACGGUGAUCGUGCUGAACUUUCACCACAGAUCACCAGACAUGUACGUCAUGCCUACUUGGGUCAGUGAGUGA